AAUUUCCUUCUCUGCAACUCAUCUCUGUCGCGAAGGAGCCAACGCCUGAAGGAUUCAAUCAUGGCGACCCCUCAAAGGAUUCUGACCACUAAGGAGGCCGACAUUCAGAUUAUGCUGGCUGCCGAAGUCCACCUCGGCACAAAAAACUGUGAUUUCCAGAUGGAGAGAUACGCCUUCAAGCGCCGCAACGAUGGUAUUUACAUCAUCAAUCUUGGAAAGACUUGGGAUAAGUUGCAGAUGGCUGCCCGAGUUAUUGUUGGGAUUGAGAAUCCUCAAGAUAUCAUUGUGCAAUCUGCCAGACCUUAUGGUCAGAGAGCUGUUCUGAAAUUUGCUCAGUAUACCGGUGCUAAUGCAAUUGCGGGGCGCCAUACCCCUGGAACAUUCACCAACCAGCUCCAGACAACAUUCAGUGAGCCAAGGCUUCUCAUUCUAACAGACCCAAGAACUGACCAUCAGCCUAUCAAAGAAGCUGCUCUUUACAAUAUCCCCACAAUUGCCUUCUGCGAUACUGACUCACCUAUGCGAUAUGUGGAUAUUGGAAUCCCUGCCAACAACAAGGGAAAGCACAGCAUUGGUUGUCUGUUCUGGCUUUUGGCUAGGAUGGUGCUGCAGAUGCGUGGUGUUAUUGCUCCCGGUCAUAAAUGGGAUAUCAUGGUUGACCUGUUCUUCUACAGGGAGCCAGAGGAGGCCAAGGAAGAAGAACAGGAGGAAGCUCCAGCUCUGGAUUAUGCUGAUUAUGGUGCUGCUGCAAUUGGAGGUGAUUGGUCUAGUGCUCAAAUCCCUGAUGCCCAAUGGGCACCUGAAUUGGCUGGUGCAGCUGCUCCAGUUGCCGGUGGUUGGGCAGCUGCUGAUGCAGGUCCUGAUGGAUGGGAUGCGGCUGUGGCUCCACCUGCUGGUGAUGCACCAGUUGCUGCUGCCCCGACUUCCGCCCCUGUUGACAUUGCUCCAUCUGGCUGGGAAUGAAAGAGUUUUGCCUCAUGCUCAUUUAACUUGUCUUUGAAGUACUGUGUUUUUUUUUUGUACCGAAAUACUACUAUAAUUGUUAUUUGGCAGUCCUGAAUUUUUGUAGAAUGUUUUAGCAGCUGCUGUUUUCGUCUAGUUUUAUGGAUUGAGAUUUCACUUGUUUCUGGUACAACUUUUUACUUAAAUGUUAGUAAUUCCAAAGCAACUCAUGCACUAAA